CAGAAAUUUUUGAAAAAUCAGCUCGACGCGGCUGACUUCGGACUGGAAGCGGUGAAAAGCGGUUGCCGGGCGCGUUUCUGUUUGUUCGUUCGUUCGUGUGUUUUCUAGCGCCUCAAGUGCCACCAAAAAAAACAAAAAAAAAAAAGUUUGUUUGAAAAAAGAAUAGCAACGGCGGCGACUGUGUUUGUGCCUUUUCCGACUUGUGUGGGUGUGUGCGUGCCUCUGUGUGUGUUUGCAAACACAAAAGCAAAGGCAAUAAAAUUAAAAAACAAAAGUUUUGGCUUUGGAGCAGUAGUAGUCCCAGCGACAGUGGCGCUCAGUGCAUUUCGGUGCCCCGCCCCCGUCCCGGCCCCGGCCUCGGCCCCCAACUAAUUGUUGUUGCGAGAGCGAAUGUGUUUCAAUGAUGUUACUGCCUUCGGGGCGUUCGAAUAGUGAUGUCUAUCCGCUACAAAGUGCCACCAACAAUACGGCAGCAACAGCAACAACGGCUGGAGGUGGACCCGGAACAGGACCAGGAGGCGUUGCAGCCCAGUCAAAGCCCUUGCUACUGACACGAACAUCGUCGCCACAAUUGACAACGCUGCCUACAACAAAUGGCUCCAUCGCCCACGCCACGCCCACCCGCUCAAACGGAUGCCCGUCACAGCCCGGAAUCACAGGGACAGCGAUAGCAACACCACCACCACCACCCCAUCAUCCCGGAACGGAGGCGACAACAACGGACCUUGUCAGUGUUGCUGGGAUAGGUACCGUAACCGGAAUAUACGGGCCACUUCUGGGUCAAAGUCAUGGGAGUGGCAUCGUUGGCAUGGCCGGAAAUUGGCCAGAAAUUGAUGGACACUUGGAGGCCAUACAGGAGAAGCUCAAGCCCGGCUGGUCGGUUCAUGUGGGCAAAGAGGGACGUCUCUACUACUGCAACCACAUGACACAGUCCUCGGGCUGGUUACCCGCCUGCGAGGAUUGGAGCAAGCACGAGGAGCUUUCCUAUGGUUGGGAGCGUGCCAUAGACUCCAAAGGUCGUUCCUACUACAUCAACCACCUUAACAAAACAACCACCUACGAGGCUCCCGAGUGCAUACGUUGGGAUGAACAUCCGCCGGAACCUCGCCUGGUUCAGCUCCAAAGGAAUGCCAGCCUGGGUUUCGGAUUCGUGGCCGGAAGCGAGCGUCCCGUCAUCGUGAGAUUUGUGACUGAAGGAGGUCCUAGCAUUGGAAAGCUGCAGCCCGGAGACCAGAUCCUGGCGGUGAACGGUGAGGACGUGAAGGAUGCGCCACGGGAUCAUGUGAUCCAACUAGUGCGGGCCUGCGAGGCCCAGGUGAACCUCCUGGUGUGCCAGCCCAUGGCCCACUGCGUCCUGCCCGGCAGGAAGUCUACGCUCCUCUCCGCGGGCAAGCGCGCCAAGCUGAGAUCGCGUCCUAGUCGAGUUCGAUUCGCCGAGAGUGUGUGCGUUAAUGGAGCUCCCCUGUUUCCGACCUCCGCAUUUUCCCUGGGAGACAUCUGUGUACCGCCCAUGGCCAACGUUCUAAAGGUUUUCCUCGAAAACGGGCAGACCAAGUCCUUCAAAUACGAUGCCACCACGACGGUCCAGGAUGUGGUCAGUUCGUUGCUGGACAAGCUGUGUCUCUGCUGCGGAGAGCUCUUCAGCCUCGUCCUGGAGCAUGUGAAGAGUCUCAAGCGCAACAAGCUCACCCUUUUGGACCCCCAGGAGUCGCUGGCAAGGAUUGCCGCUCGUCCUGGAGCUCACAAGCUGCGCUGCCUCUUCCGCAUCACCUUCGUGCCCAUUUCCGCCGCCGAACUGGCCCAGAGGGACCUCCAAGCCCUGGACUACCUGUACAUGCAGUGCUGCAACGACGUCAACCAGGAGCGCUUCGCCCCGGAGCUGCAGCCCGAGCUGGCCCUCCGAUUAGCGGCCCUUCAUAUGCACCAGCACGCCCUGGCCAACAACUUUGCGCCCGCCAAGCUCACCGUGAAGCUCGUCGAACGCGAGUUCGGUCUGGAGCGAUUUGUCCCAGUGACCCUAUUCGAGGGCAUGAAGCGGAAGGAGCUGCGCCGCCUAAUCUCGCACUUCCUUAAGCUCAACGCAGAGAUGACAGGAUCCUCCAGCAAAGUCCUCACACAGCUGCAGGCCAAACUCCAUUAUCUAGACAUAAUCGCUAGCUUACCCAGCUAUGGAGCCAAAUGUUUCAGCACAAACCAAAGAGAGGGCAUGGAACGUGUUCUUUUGGUGAGUCCACGUUUCGGACUCAGCCAGAUAUCCAGUGCCCGCAAUUCUGUGCCCCAACCCAUAUCCGCAAUUGAAGACUUCACCCAUGUGGUGGUUAACCGCGAGGACGAUGUAACCUGCAGCGUCUCCAUUUUCAUGCUUGGAGAUCGAGCUGUAAAGUUCACCAUGGAAGAUCGUGAUGCCUGCGAGUUCAGCCUAGUCCUGGGAGGCUACUAUCGUCUCCUUACAGGCAACAUGUUGAAUGUAUUGCGUGAGCGAGAGCCUCAGGACGAGGAUAAUGCCCCAGGAUUCCUAGCACAGCAUACAGUGCUUCCUGCUGGCUGGAGCUACCUUUUGCCCUUCCACACCCGAGCGCACAGCGUCAACUUCCUGAUGUCGCCGCCCUACCAUCCCAUCACACAAAAGGGUCAGCUCCAGCACCAGUCCUCGAUCCAGGCACCGGCUUCCCUUCCCUAUGCCACGGACCUGGAUCUGCACAGUGUGAUGGCCACGGAACUGCUGGAGGAGGCGGCCAAGGACUCCGGACUGAGCGACAGCAGCGGCAGCAACUACUGCGAGGGACGCAGCCAUCUGGGCAGUCAGCAGCUGGAGGCCAAGAACGAGCAGGUGCUGAGAAGAGUCCAGGAACUGCAGCAUCUGGUCCAGACAUCCGAGCAGUAUCUGAGCGAACAAGAGCAGGGAGGAGGCGGUGGUGGCGUGGCAAUGCUGGAGUUCGACUCUGACUGCGACAGUCUCAAUAGCAGCAAGGUCUCCUCCACGGAAGAGUCACAGGGCGGCUUGGUCUUGGGGUCAUCGGUAGUCAUACCACCGGGGCAUCCCGGCAUGAAGCAUAGCGACUCACUAACCCUGCUGGCGGAGACGAUCAACCACGAGCUGAGUGGCAUCACCCAGGGCCUGAACGCCAUUCCCGAAACUGCGCCCGUCUCUUCAUCCGCUCCUGCCACCCCAGCCACUCCGAAGAGGAAGCCCAGUCUCUGCACCACGUCCAGUCCCAGGCCACAGAGGAAACUGAAUGGAUUCAGCCAGCUUCUGAGUGACUUGCAGGCCUUGGGUACGGACUUCUCGCAGAGUGAAAGUGACUCGGAGUCGGUGGCCUCGCCUGCCCAGUCGCCCACGGCCCGAAGACCCCAGAUGAUGUUGCUCCAGGCGGCUGGUACCGGGCCAGGAGCCGCUGCCAAGCAGCAGCUCUCGCAGCGCAGCAGCUUCGGCCUUCACAGUCCAGAUGGAACGCAUUUCGGGGCCGAGACCAAGGACUACAACCUGCGGGAGUAUCUGCAGCAGCUGAAGGAGAUCAGCAAUGCCGCGUCUGCGGACACGGAUGUGGCUGCCCGCCAGCUCUCCGAGAUUUACGGUUUCGAGGUGAGGGAGGACACCUUCAUUGAAACCGAUACGGAUCUUAUCGAUCUACGUGCCAUUCCGCCACCUCAAACACCCGACGAGCUGGACUCCCUGUCCCUGAUGAACGCCGCCCCGCCGAAGGGCUUCGAGGGCAAGGCCGAGGAGUUGGACAGCUUCCUGCAGCAGAUCAUGGUGGCGCCGCCCACACAGAAGGCAACACCCGCCAAGGAACUCACACCCGAGGAGAUAAUGUCGUUCAUAAUACCACCACCUCCGAACUUGGAGCAGCAGCAGGCGGUGCAGCAAGUGGCACAGCCCGAGGAAACGGAGUGCUUGUACAGCAACUCGGUGCAGGCCAAGCGGGAGUUCUUCCAGUCGGUGGCCAACGGAAACAGUAGUAGUUCCACACCCCACGUCAUCGAGUACGCCACGGUGGAGCGGAAGAGCAAGUUCAGCUGCUGCCCGACAAGCAAAAAGGAGGACGCAGACCAGGAAGAGCUCCAGCCACCACCCAGAACACCUACUUCGGAGCAGCUCUCGCCGCCGCCGGCUCGGCCCCCGAAAAGCGCGGAACUCUUGCAGAGGUACUCUCCCAAGAAGCAGGUUAGGAUUGCCACGAGCCCUGUGAUGCCGCCGGAGCGGCGAGAGCUCUGCCCGCCGCAGCUACCGCCCCGCGGAAGCCCCACACUGGACGGGAAUCAGAGUCCUAACCCAAACGCAACAUCUCUGGUGAGUGGCCCCAAAAAACCCCCGUUGCCGCCCAUCGCCAGUCGCCCGCGUCCCCAGAAUGGAGUGAAUCCCGCAUCGUCAACUGCACAAACACCUCCACCUGCCCACUACUCACCACCUAUACCGGCCACUGUCCGACUGCCCCAGUUCAACAACCACCAAACCAAUGGAACUCUUCCCAUGCUCCCGAAGAAACCCCAACAGCUGCACGGCGAGAAACUGUUCAUAAAGAAUGGCCACCUAAUCGAUGGCGAGGCGCUUCUGGCCAAGACAGAUGUGGCCAUGGCGGGUCUCCUGAUCAAACUGGACCAGGUGGCGGCGCAGUGCUCGGCGGCACAGGCCGCGGGCGGAGGUGCUUCCAUCGACGAGGAGAAGUUCCAGCGGGCCAGAAACGAACUUACUGAACAAACUCUAGCCCUAGUGACGGCCAGCAAGUUCCUGGUGGCCUCCAUGUCGGACAUGACGCUGAUAACGCUGCCGGAACAUCUCACGUCCUGCCUGACAGCCAUCCGCAGGAUUACGGAGUUGGCGCAGGACAUGACCCGGCACACGUCGGCUCCGCUGCAGACCCGGAAUAUAGUGCUUAAAGUUCACGAUGUGGCGAGCAGUUUCAGGGAGCUGGUGGGCGUGGAAAUCGGGCCCGUCGGAGCCGGCCAGCUGGCGCUGCAGGCUGAAUGUCUGGCCAAUGUCCUGGCCACUUUGCUGCGAUCCCUGCGAGUGUUCUCCCCAUAACCCACAGGGAUAAAGGGAGAAGCAAGCGAAGCCCCAGACAGCAAGGAAAACGGAAACGGAAAUGGUAGUGAAAACGGAAGCGGAAGGGGAGGCGACAACCCAACCUGUCCCGACAUAUCGCACGCUCGUCUGUCUAUGUGUAAAUCCCCCUACACCACCUACGUCUAAAGUGCAUCGAACCCCAAACAUAUAUAUGCACGCCUAUCUCUAAGUAUACAACGUUUUCGAAACUAAUUUACAGGUAAAGGGGCGCGUCAGAGAGUCGAUGGUCUGAUGGCUCUUCAGUCUUGGCCUGGCUUAAUCCUCACCUGCCUGCGCUUUGAAUCACAACACAACACUGCAGUUGGAAGCUCAAGAGGGAGGACCGCAAGCGGUGUGGUGGAAUGUGUAUAUAGAGUCUAUGGGAAAUAAUAUUUCAAGAAACAUAUCCUUGAACUAAUGGGAAACUACCUUCAGAGACUAUUAUAUCAUAAUUUUUUUAGUCCUGUUUUGGGAUUGCAUUUUCAAAUACUGCUUAAAGCCUUAAAAUAUUUCUUAAUAUUGUGUGUUGUAUACUUUUACUU